AUAAAUAUGAAUGGGGGAAAAUUUUGUCACCCAGUUGUUGAAUGAAAUCCUUUGACAUGAAGUCACUGGUUGUGACCAUUUUGGCCCUGACAGUAGUCUCAGCGAGGCAUAUUACUCUUGAAGAUGUCAUCGAAUUAGAAAAUAACUCCGCAUACGGCUAUCUGAAUAAAGUCGGUGUUCCUUUAGCUGAAAAGCUUCGUAAGGCUGAAGAAGAAGGCAUACGGGAUCCAUCCAGGAUAGUAGGUGGUCAACUUGCUAGUCUGGAGCAGUUCCCUUAUCAGGCUGGGCUUCUCCUUCAUCUUCCAGGCAGUACUCCGUUUGGCGGAGGCAUUCUUGUCAACAACAGACGAAUCCUAACUGCUGCUCACAACUUAGCCGACGCCGUGUCAUCCGUCACACUAAUCACAGUCGUGCUCGGCUCCAUUACUAUAUUUGCUGGAGGCACUAGACUGACCGCCAAUAGCUUCGUAAUACACGAAAAUUACCACGCAGCAACUGUCAGAAACGAUGUGGCUAUUAUCAACUUACCUUCAGCCGUUGGCGCUUCUAGUGUAAUCGCUCCUAUCGCCCUGCCUUCUGGAUCUCUAUUGAAUGAAAAUUUCGUCGGUCUUACCGCUGUGGCAUCAGGCUUUGGAAAAACGUCUGACAUCGGAGGUGUCGUCGCUAAUCAGCGUCUGAGCUUCGUGAACGUGCAAGUGAUUUCAAACGCGGCCUGUCUCCCCACGUAUCCUUUGAACUUGCAAUCCUCCAACAUAUGCACGAGCGGUGCUGGUGGUAGGAACAUCUGCACUGGUGACUCCGGUGGUCCACUCGCUGUCUCCUGGAACAACAGACCUCUAUUGAUUGGUGUUGUUUCAUUUGGAAGCCCGCGAGGUUGUGAGGCAGGUUAUCCGUCAGUUUACGCAAGAGUUACAUCGUUCAUGAGCUGGAUUCAAAGAUACCUUUGAAAUAACUUUGUAACAAAAUAUACAAUAAUAUAGAAAAUCUGAUUUAUUAUACAUGCAUAGCAUAACAAAAAACC